CUAGAAAGAGAAGUUUCCCGAACUUGCCCCAAGAAGAGAGGAGCAAGAGAAGAGAGAGCAAGCACCGAGGCUGGGCGCAUCGCCCUGGCCCCGGCAUAACCAGGGGAGGGCAGAGCCCUGGAGGCCCCAGACCGUUCCCCAGCAUUGCCAGGGCCACAUCAGGGGGCCUUCGACAGGAGCUGAGCUGAGGGGUGAACACAUCCCUCCCGGGGCCUCUGUCCCUCAGAUGUGUUCUAGUGGCCCGGAUCCACCAAGGAUUUCCUCUUGGCUACUCCGUUUUCAGCCCUUUGGGCUGCUUCUCGGCAACCCUGCUGAGACAUGAGCGUUACUGCUAAUUGUCCUUUCGCAAAUGAAGAAACUGAGGCUCAGAAAGGUGAAGUAACUCAUCCAAGUUCACCAGGCAGGUAAGCACCAAGUUGGCACAAUGGUGGGGCUGGGAGCCUGCACCCUGACUGGAGCGGCCCUGAUCUUCUUGCUACUCCCUAAAAGUCUGGAGAGCUGUGGGCACAUCAGGAUCUCAGUCCCCAUUGUCCGCCUGGGGGAUCCCGCCAUGGCCUCCUGCACCGUCAGCCCAAACUGCAGCAAACUGGACGGAGAGCCACGGAUCCUAUGGAGACUGGAAGAUGGACCGAACCAGCCGGGAGACAAACAGUGGCGACUGUCUGAUGGGACCCAGGAAUCCACCAUCACUCUGCCUCACGUGAACCACACCAAGGCCUUUCUCUUCUGCUUAGUGCCGUGGGCCAACAGCUUCCAGGUCCUGGAUCAAGCUGAGAUUCGGGCAGGCUACCCUCCUGCCAGCCCCUCCAACCUGUCCUGCCUCAUGUACCUCACCACCAACAGCCUGGUCUGCCAGUGGGAGCCAGGCCCUGAGACCCACCUGCCCACCAACUUCACCCUAAAGAGCUUCAGGAGCCGGGCUGACUGUCGGUACCAGGAGGACUCCAUCCCGGACUGUGUGCCGGGGGACAGGCAGAACACUUGCUCCAUCCACCGUAAACACUUGCUCCUGUACCAGAAUAUGGUCAUCUGGGUCCAAGCGGAGAACGCGCUAGGGACCAGCGAGUCCCCAAAGCUGUGCCUUGACCCCAUGGAUGUCGUGAAAUUGGAGCCUCCCGUGCUGCAGGCCCUGGACGUUAACCCUGACCUAGUCCCACGCCAGCCCGGCUGCCUGUGGCUGAGCUGGAAGCCAUGGGAGCCUGGUGGUUUCAUGGAGCAGGAGUGCGAACUCCGCUACCAGCCACAGCUUAGGGGAGCCAACUGGACGCUGGUGUCCCACCUGCCUUCCAGCAAGGACCAGUUCAAGCUCUGCGGGCUCCACCAGGCGCCAGUAUACACUCUGCAGAUUCGAUGCAUCCGCUCACCUCUGCCUGGACUCUGGAGCAGCUGGAGCCCUGGCCUGCAGCUGAGGCCCAGCCUUAAGGCCCCUACCAUCAGACUGGACACAUGGUGGAAAAAGAAGCAACUGGAGCCUGGGACUGUGAAUGUGCAACUGUUCUGGAAGCCAACGCCCAUGCAGGAAGACAGCGGGCAGAUCCAGGGGUACCUGCUCUCUUCGAGCCCCUCAGAUCAACAAGGGCCGGACAGACACCUCUGCAACACCACGGAACUCAGCUGUAUCUUCCACCUGCCCUCAGGGGCCCAGAACGUGACCCUUGUGGCCUAUAACACAGGGGGGACCUCUCCUCCUAGUCCAGUGGCUUUCUUAGAGAACCAAGGUCCAGCUGUGACCAGACUCCACGCCAUGGCCCAAGACCCAGAUAGCAUCUGGGUAGACUGGGAAGCACCCAGCUCCCUGCCUCAGGGCUAUCUGAUUGAGUGGGGCUGCGGGACCAAUUCCAACAAUAAGACCUGGAGGAUGGAGCCCAAUGGGAACAUCACUGGAAUUCUGUUACAGGAAAACAUAAAUCCCUUUCAGCUCUAUGAAAUCACCGUGGCUCCCCUAUAUCCAGGCAUCGUUGGACCCUCUGCAAAUGUCUACACCUACUCUGGAGAGAGAGCCCUCCCUCAUGCUCCAGAGCUACAUCUAAAGCACAUUGGCAGGACCUGGGCACAGGUGGAGUGGGUCCCUGAGACCUCUUGGCUCGGGAUGAUACCCCUCACCCACUAUACCAUCUUCUGGACUAAUGAUCAGAAUCAGUCUUUUUCCAUCACCCUGAACGUCUCCUUCCAUGGCUUUGUCCUGGACCACCUGGAACCGGCCAGUUUAUAUCAUGUCUACCUCAUGGCCACCAGCCGGGCAGGGUCCUCCAACAGCACAGGCCUAACCCUGAUGACCUUGGCCCUAGAGACAUCUGAGCUACAAGUUUUCCUGGGCCUGCUUGUCUUCCUAAUUUCAUUCGUCAGCUUCUGUGGGACCGUCUGGUUCUGCUGUAAGCACAGCAGGAAGAAUUUCUUCUGGCCAAAUGUACCAGAUCCAGCCCACAGCAGCCUGAGAUCCUGGGUGCCCACGGUCAUGACUGAGGAAAUCUUCCAGCUGCCCAGCCUCUGGGACGCUGGCAUGCCACCAGUCACCAAGAUCACUGUGCUGGAGGAAGAUAAGAAACUGGCCAAUUGGGAUUCCAGUGACAACUCUCAGACUAGCAGCCUCCCUACCCUGGUUCAGGCCUACGUGCUCCAAGGAGAUCCAAGAGCAACUUCCAACCAGUUCCAACCCUCCUCUGGCACUAAUGACCAGGUCCUUUAUGGUCAGGUCCUGGGGAGCCCCACCAGCCCAGGAGUAAUGCGGUACCUUCGCUGUGAUUCCACUCAGCCCCUUUUGGGGGGCCUCACACCCAGCCCUAAAUCUUAUGAAAACAUCUGGUUCCAUCCAAGACACCAGGAGACCUUUGUGCCUCAACCUCCAAGCCAGAAAGAUGACUGUGUCUUUGGGCCAUCGUUUGAUUUCCCCCGCUUUCAGGGGCUCCAGGUCCAUGGAGUUGAAGAACAAGAAGGCUUCUAGCACUUUCUGGGUCCUUGAAUCUUGGAGGCCUUGGCCAGUUCAGAGGAAAAGAGCCCUCCACUGAAACCUACUGGCCCUAAGAGAUGCAGAAAGGCCUAAUCUGCUCCAUCCCUGACCACUAGUACCCCUCCUUCACCCCAGCCUCCACAGGCUGCAACCCCAGGACACCCUCAUACUCUCAAGAUCCAGAUAGAGACUGCUUCCAGCCCACCACUCUGUUUCCCACAAUUUCAGUCUGUUAAACUGAUUUUAGAAUUUGAGUUAGGGCUGGUGUUUUCAGAAAUUCUUGCUAGAUAUGGUGGUCAACAUGCCCAUCAUUCCAACACAGGAAGAAGAAGCAAAAAGAUUGCAAGUUCCAGGCCAGCCUGGGCUACAUAAGGAGAUCCUGUCUCAAAAAUUAAGCAAAAGCUAAAUAAAU